AUGGACCGCCCUUCCUUCUUUCGUCCAGCUUCUAGGCAAAACUUCAAUGUGGAUAACGUUUCUGUGGAAAUUGAAUCCGUAAUUGUCACAGCAAUGUCGGAAACUGCUGGAGAAGAUGCGUCAUCUUUGCCACUUGGUGAAGAUGGAAGACCUCUAAAACCUUGCUGCGCUUGUCCGGAAACUCGUUUGUUACGUGACCAAUGCAUUUUAGAAAAUGGUGAAUCCAUGUGUACACAGUACAUUGAAGCUCAUAAAGAGUGUCUUCGUAGAUUAGGCUUUAGGAUCUAAUUUAUUUGUACUAUACGCCUUAAAUAAAACCACUACCUCUAGACUUCGUUUUUUAUUAAAAGCAGUUACGCAACCACUAACGCACUCGUCGCAUUUUAAGUAAAAUGGAUCGAACGAUUGGCGCACGUUUUCGAGUUACCGGGGCCAUGCUUCCGAAUCUAGUUGGACGUGAUGUUUGUGUCGUUGGUACUGUGCUCAAUGUCGCGUCCACUGGACAGCGGCUUCGCUUACGAUGUGUGGACGGGCGCGAAAUUGAUUGUUACCUCCAGUCGCAACUUCAGACGUCUCCAGAAAACUGUGUUGCCGAGCUUCAGGGUCGCGUGCGUAAUCCCCAAGGCACGGAACUGGAUGUCACUGCAGAGCCAAUACUUUUUUCCAAAGAAGCGAGUGAAAAGUUUGACGCCGAUCUCUACGCCCAAGCUGUUCAACUCACGGCACAGUUUGAUCGGUUCUAUCUACAACCGAUGGAGACCUGAUAUCUGUACUACUGAUAUCUGUACCACUGUAUUCAUUAAUACCAUUUGUACAAUUUAUUCCACUCUGUCAUUUUAAGCGAUCAAUGCACCCCUAUUACGUAUAUGUUUUUUGAUAUUUUGGCGAUCGUUCGUUUACUUAUGUGAACUCUCUCCGUUUGGGAAUGUGGUUUCCGCUGAGCUUUCUGCGCGCGUAUUUUUUGUGAUCAGUCUUACACUGAUGUGUUAACUUUGAGACAUCUUACAUAUACGGCCUGGACGGAAUCGCCAACAUACCGUAUACCCGACUGGGCUCGAGAUACUUCAUCGGCUACUGUUUGGCAAGUUUGUGCUCCAUAACCAACCCUGGCUCCCCUGUUAUUCUUGUCUAGACAUGAACAAUCUGAUUGUAUUUAUCCU